AUGAAGGGCCCGGGAUGCACAACACCCAAAACACACACCACAACAACCAGCACACCGACACCUACACCAACAAGCACAACAACAACCAGCAAACCAACAACCAGCACACCAACACCUACACCAACAACAACUACUACGACUACUCCAACAACACCUACUCCUUCCUCGACACCUUCGUGCACACUUGAAUGCUCUUGGUCUGACUGGAUGGACUUUGGGCCUCCUACAACUGGUCCUAAUGGUGGUGAAGUUGUCCCAAUUGGAAAAAUAAGGCAGACUUAUCCAAAGAUCUGUUCCACUCCACGAAAUGUUGAGUGUAGAGCAAAACUCUACCCUUCUUUGCCGCUUUCACAGUUGGGUCAGACAGUGACUUGUAAUGCACAAGAAGGACUAAUUUGUCUAAACCAAAACCAAGGUCUUCAACAGCAGUGCUUUGAUUAUGAAAUUCGAGUGUCUUGUUGUGAAAUGAAGGGCCCAGGAUGCACAACACCCAAAACACACACCACAACAAUCACCACAACCACCAGCACACCGACACCUACACCAACAAGCACAACAACAACCAGCACACCAACACCUACACCAACAACAACUACUAUGACUACUACAACAACACCUACUUCUUCCUCGACACCUCCGUGCAUGCUUGAAUGCUCUUGGUCUGACUGGAUGGACUUUGGGCCUCCUACAACUGGUCCUAAUGGUGGUGAAGUUGUCCCAAUCAGAAGGAUAAGCCAAACCUAUCCAAAGCUGUGUUCCUCCCCACAACAAGUUGAAUGUAGAGCAAAACUCUACCCUGCCCUGCCGCUCUCACAGUUGGGGCCCGGGUUGCACAACACCCAAAACACACACCACAACAACCAGCACACCGACACCUACACCAACAAGCACAACAACAACCAGCAAACCAACAACCAGCCCACCAACAACAACUACUACAACUACUACAACAACACCUACUCCUUCCUCGACACCUUCCUGGGGCCCGGGAUGCACAACACCCAAAACACACACCACAACAACCACCACAACCACGAGCACACCGACACCUACACCAACAAGCACAACAACAACCAGCACACCAACACCUACACCAACAACAACCACUACGACUACUACAACAACACCUACUUCUUCCUCGACACCUCCGUGCAUGCUUGA